AUGAGUUCUGAUCAGGUCAGCGUUCCCCCGAGUUAUGAUUUGCAAUAUGUCCACUAAGUAUCAGUCCUACCCAGCAGGCGAUCAGGCUCAUGAACCAAAAAUUGUCGGGCAUGUAUCGCCGGACCACCACCUUGUCGCUCAACUCGCCUUCGCCGGCCCCGUCCUCGCCCCUGGCCAGCAGCACGAACAGUCUGGGUAACGACGAUGACUCCACCUCUGGAACCACGGGUGACGGUUCUACCUCGGCUCUUUCGACUGUAGAAACUUCGGAAGCUCCCGUAGCCUCCACUUCAGCCUCUCCCUCUACCUUGGCCCCUUCAUCCUCCUCGGGCCAAGCCACUCCUACCUCCUCCUCAUCCACGACCAAACGCAAGCUCAGAUCAGCCCGAACCUCAAAUGAUCCAACCUCGACCCCGAAGCGACUCAAACCCUCCGCCUCAGCCGGGAUCGCUCAAGCCCAUCUCCCUCCGACGACCCGACUGAGCGACCUCGGCGGCGUCGACAAGUGCAUCGAAUCCAUGUUGGAACUCGUCGCUUUGCCUCUGUGUCAUCCCGAGGUGUAUUUGCAUACCGGAGUUAGACCACCGAGGGGUGUGCUGUUGGUUGGUCCUCCGGGGUGCGGAAAGACGAUGUUGGCCGGUGCGAUUGCCGGAGUGAGUGGUGGCAAGACUCGACCUUUUUCUGCUCUGGAGUUUGAACUGAUUUCAAGAGCUGGCCCCCACUUUCAGGAAUUGGCCGUCCCCUUCAUUUCCAUCUCGGCACCGUCGAUCGUCUCGGGCAUGUCGGGAGAAUCCGAAAAAACAUUACGGGAAACGUUCGAGGAAGCGGCAGUGAGUCUCCGGAUUUCAGGCUCAAUGUGUGCUAAUGACGUACAAGGCUGACUUGAUUUGGCGACUACAGAAACUCGCACCGUGCAUUUUGUUCAUCGACGAGAUUGAUGCCAUCACGCCCAAGCGAGAGACGGCACAACGAGAGAUGGAGAGGAGGAUCGUCGCUCAGCUUUUGACCUGCAUGGAUGGUGAGUCCGCAUCCAUCGUUCACAAAUAUCGCCAAUCCCAAGCUCAUAUCACGAGAAUCUACUUCUCAGACCUCGCAUGGGACAAGACCGAUAACAAACCCGUCAUGAUCCUCGGAGCAACCAAUCGACCCGACUCCUUGGACCCAGCCUUACGACGAGCCGGUCGAUUCGAUGCCGAAAUCACCAUGGGUGUUCCCGAUGAAGCAGGGCGUGAACGUAUCCUAAGGGUACUCAUGGCCAAACUCCGACUCUCGGGGGACUUUGAUUACGCAUUUUUGGCCAAGUCGACUCCGGGUUACGUCGGCGCGGAUUUGAGUGCUUUGACGGGUGCGGCGGGGGUGAUUGCGGUCAAGAGGAUCUUUGAACGGUUCGGACAAGAUGCACCGAGGAUUCUGGGGACGGUUUCAAUUGCGGAGGGUGAAGGGCAGGGUGAACUGGUGGAGUCGAUGGGGGAGGAAAUGAUGAUCGACAGCGAAGCGCCAAUAUCGGAACCACCGUCAGGAACGACGACGCCGAACCUACAGGCCGCGGUCGAAGGCAGUGGUAAAGACACCUCCUUGACGAUCCCGCCUUUCUCAUCCUUACCACCGUCACUCGCCGCGCUGCCCAUCGCCUCGUUCCUCCAAGCCCACCCCUCCGCUCUGACCGAAGACGAACUGUCGUCCCUCUGCCUCACGAACGAAGACUUCACCGCCGCUCUGUCGGUCGUACAACCCUCAUCUCAACGCGAGGGUUUCACAACCGUACCCAACGUCACCUGGGCCGACCUCGGUGCCCUCCAACAAAUCAGGGAAGAGAUGCGUAUGGCGAUCGUUCGGCCCAUCCGUCGACCCGAAGUCUUCGCCUCAUUAGGCAUCCAAGCCCCCUGCGGUGUCCUCCUCUGGGGUCCCCCAGGUUGCGGGAAAACCCUCCUCGCCAAAGCGGUGGCGAACGAAUCCCGCGCCAACUUUAUCAGUAUCAAAGGGCCCGAAUUGCUCAACAAGUACGUCGGUGAAUCCGAACGAGCCGUUCGACAAGUCUUUGCCCGUGCUCGAGCUUCCUCCCCUUGCAUCAUCUUUUUCGACGAAUUGGACGCGCUCGUCCCUCGUCGUGAUGAUUCUUUAUCCGAGUCCUCGGCACGGGUCGUGAACACGUUGUUGACCGAAUUGGACGGAUUGGAACCUCGGAAACAAGUUUUCGUCAUCGGAGCAACGAACCGACCGGACAUCCUGGAUCCCGCGAUGGUUCGACCCGGUCGCCUCGAUAAACUGCUCUACGUCGAUUUACCGACCAAAGAAGAACGCAUCGACAUCCUGCGCGCACAAACGAACAAGACACCUUUGGGUCCGGAUGUUGAUUUGGCGUCGAUCGCUUUGGAUUCGAGAUGCGAUGGAUUCUCCGGAGCCGAUCUCAGUGCUUUGGUUAGGGAAGCGGCGGUAAUGGCCUUAAGGGACGUCUUUGAUCGGGUUGAUUUUCAAGACGAAAAUCCUUCCGACUUGGCCUCGAACGUGCCUCUGUUCCCGAAAGGUGCGCCACAAAUUACAGUGGAGAUGAGGCAUUUCCUCGUCGCUUUGGGGAGGACGAACCCGAGUGUUAGUGUGGCGCAGAGGAAGAGGUUCAAGGCUUUGCGAGCCAAGUUCGCGGGACAACCUGUCGGGCACGGCAAGGAGACGGCGGAGGAGUUGGGUGGUGAGCAAGCUAGUUCAGAAGGAGCUGCCACUGCUAUUGGAGCUGGGGAGCCCGUUGCGGCUUGA